AGAGUGAUACUGUUGCAACAACCCUUCAAUGUAGCUCAGAAGAAGUUCAACCCUGCUAGGGAUCCGUGUUCUGUAUUGUGGGAUGUACUUUGGGAUGACCUGGUGAUAAUGGAAAAGUCGUACGGGAAAAAGGACCAUCCAAAAUCUCCACCUUCACGGGUCAUUCUUUAUUUACAAGAUAAAUCAGAGAUGAAGGAACAGGUUCGUAUCAUAAAGUGCCUCCGUGAUACCCCCCAAGCACUUGACGUGUACUCAUCAAUUGAACGAGCAAUGAACACUUAUGGACCAAACAAACCAAAGCAAAUGCUGAAAAAGAGUAUGACAUUGCCAUAUGCACCAUUUGUCGAUAACGCCAGUGCUGAAGCUACAUCAAAAGAACCAGGGUCACCCCGACAGGUGCCGGCAUCUAUUCCUCGUAGUUCAACUUUUGGCAGCCGCUUCAACUGAUCCCGAGAUCGUUGAUGGUGAGGAAAUAUGGUGUUUGGGAAUUCUGCUGUGGUCCGGUCACAAUCCUGCAUGCUCGGAUGUUCGUACCGUCUGACAGGUGUUUUGUAAGAAGCGGUGUAAAGGACCAGUGACAAGGACGACGUAAGAAAUGCCGACAUGGAUUUUCGUGGUCGAAUUCCGACAUGGAUAUGAAUGGUGUUAACCUCAAACACAAUCGAUACGAUUCUUAGUACAAGGCUUAUAUAUAGCGCAUACAUUUGCCAUUAGUUACCAGGUCACCUAUAUGUAUAGGUUUCAGACAUUCUAUGUAUGUAUCUUACAAUAGUCGAUGUAUACGCACCGAUUACCGAAGGUGAUCGUGCCGAUCAUUUUGAAAGCCAAUUGUAUAUCCGGUGCCAUAUGAACACGAUGUAUGAUAAGGUUUAGGAAGUAAAAUCCUAGUGAUUGCGUUGCACCGUGUGUUUAUGUUAUGGUGUAGCGCCUUCGGAGUUGGGACAAUUAAAAGAACCUCACCUAUUCAAGUAUAAGAGCUGUAAUUUUUUGUUGUAUA